AUGGCGCCCCCGAAGCUCUCCUUGCUGGUGCUCCUCGUCCUCCUCCUGCCGGCGGCCGGCAGCGCCGGCGCCAACGACGUCGCCGCCGACGCGCCCCCGGGCGGCGGGGGCGGCGGCUUCAACGUCUCGGAGAUCCUGGCCAAGUUCCCGGAGCUCACCCUGUUCAACUACCUCAUCAGCAAGACGCGCGUGGCCAAGGAAAUCAACAGCCGCAACUCCGUCACCGUGCUCGCCCCCGUCAACGCCGACGUCGACUGGCUGCUCCGCCGCAGCGCGCGCCUGCCCCGCGCCGCCCUCCUCGAGCUCCUCUCCGUCCACGUCGUCCUCGACUACUACGACGCCGCCAAGCUGGCCGCCCUGCCCCGCGGCCGCGGCGCCAAGCCCGUCGUCGCCACCACGCUCUACCAGACCUUCGGCCCCGCCAACGGCGACAAGUCCGGCUUCCUCACCAUCACCCCCGCGCCCGACGGCGGCGCCGUCUUCGCCUCCGCGGCCCCCGGCGCGAUCGUCAACGCCACCUUCAAGAAGGCCGUCACCGCCAGGCCCUACAACAUCUCCGUCCUCCAGAUCAGCAACUUCGUCGUGCCGCCCGGGGUCAUCACCAAACCGCGCGCCCCGCCGCCGCCCAAGAUGAUGAGCUCCGUGUCGGCCGUCGCGCCCAGCCCCGCGCCGGUGAGGUCCCCGUCGGCGUCGCCGUCCCCGUCGUCGCUCCCGUGCCCGCCCGUGACCAUGCCCAUUGAGGAGCCCAUGGAGGAGACCCCGGCGCCCGCGCCGGCGCCGUCGCAGGGCUACGCGCUGCAGGCGAUGAUGGGCUGGUGGUCCGGCGCCGGCGUGGCGCUGGGGAUGGCGUGCGUGCUGGCGCACUUGUAG